UGCGUCUCUCCUCGCCCUGUCUGGGCGUUGCUCUCUAUUACAGGGAGGGGCGGUUUCGGAGCUGACAGGACGGUGUUGGUUUCCAGGAUGGAGUCGCAGUGAAGAACCGCAACAGAGGUGUCCAGCAACAUGCAGACCCCAGACUCCACUGACGGCUGCUUCCUGCCGGAACACCUCGACAGCGCUGCCCUAGACUUGGAUACAGAUGACCUGGACUCGAUACGAGGAGAUGAUGGAGAUUGUCACCACAUCUCCAUCCUCUCGGGCUAUGACCUGGUGCCGCUCAAGCACCAAGGGCCUGUGUUCCUGAAAGGCGUCCCUGUGAAUGCAAAUAUACUACAGACCGAGCGCUACACCAGUGGCUCCAAGGUCAGGACCAGCACUUUAUACUCCAUUACCCUCACACACGGCCCAUUCCAAUGGACCAUCAGGAAGAAGUUCAAACAUUUUCAGGAGCUUCACCGUGAUCUUCUAAGACACAAGAUAUUUGUUUCCCUCCUGCCUCUUAACCCUCUUUCCAGAUUUACCGUGACACGAUCUCGAGCUGAAACCACCUCUGAAGAAAUGCCCUCCCUGCCUCAUGCCUCUGGAGAUUCCUCACGACGGACUUCAAGUAAACAGAAGUACCUUGCAGAAUACCUCAAUGUCCUGCUGGCCAAGGCCUUCUACCGAAACUACCAUGCCAUGAUGGAGUUUCUGGAGGUCAGCCGGCUCUCCUUCAUUACAGAUCUUGGGCCCAAGGGAUUAGAAGGUUUUAUACUGAAGAGAUCUGGUGGUCAUCGAAUUCAGGGUCUCAAUUGCUUCGGACAUCACCAAAUCUGUUAUCGUUGGUCAAAAAGGUGGGUUGUGGUCAAAGAUUCCUUCCUUCUCUACUUAAAGCCGGACUCUGGGGAAAUCUCCUUCGUUCUGCUCUUCGAUCCCCAAUUCAAGACCCAAGUCGGCAAGAAAACCACGGAGACUAAAUACGGGGUCAGCAUAGAGAACUAUCUGAGGACGUUGAUCCUGAAGUUCAGCACUUACCGUCAGGCUCGCUGGUGGAAGCAGCAGAUCACCCAGAUCGCUGAGGAACAAGGGAAGGACUACCUGAGUCUUCACCGGUUUGACGCUCACGCCCCAGUGAGGCCGAAGACCCAAGUGAAGUGGUUUGUUAAUGGCGCCAGCUAUUUUGCCGCUGUUGCGGACGCUCUGCUGCAGGCGCGAGAGGAGAUCUUCAUCACUGACUGGUGGCUCAGCCCAGAAGUCCACCUGAAGCGGCCGGCGGUAGAUGACCACUUUAGACUGGACAUUAUCCUGAAACAUAAGGCGGAGGCCGGAGUGCGAGUUUGUGUCCUACUCUUUAAGGAGGUGGAGCUGGCUCUGGGUAUUAACAGUGGAUACAGCAAGAGAGCACUAAUGCUGCUGCACCCCAAUAUUAAGGUUAUGCGGCACCCGGAUCACAUGUCUUCCAUCAUCUUCCUUUGGGCUCACCAUGAGAAGAUGGUGGCCAUUGACCAGUCUAUUGUAUUUCUGGGUGGUUUAGACUUGGCCUAUGGGCGAUGGGACGACCAUAAUUACCGAUUGACCGAUGUGGGGCCUACAGAGAAACAACAACAGAAUGGAACGUCAGCUGCCGAGACUUUUACGGAGGACCCCAUUAUGGAAUGCCAAACCUGGAUGGGCAAAGACUACAGUAACCUCAUCCUCAAAGACUGGGUACAACUGGAAAAACCAUUCGAGGAUUUCAUCGAUCGUCUGACUAACCAUCGGAUGCCAUGGAGGGACGUGGGGGCUGUGAUUCAUGGGAAAGCAGCCAGAGACGCCUGCCGACACUUCAUUCAGAGGUGGAACUUCAACAAGACAAUGAAACCCAAAUAUAAAGGGUCAACAUACCCGCAUCUGCUUCCUAAAUCCCAAACCACAGCGGAUAGAUAUCACUACGUGGUACCAGGAUGUCACAGCGCUUCAGUGCAGUUGCUGCGGUCAGUAGAUCGCUGGUCCGCCGGCUGUAAUGAAUGCUCCAUCCUUGGUGCUUACCUGCACUGUAUAUCCCGCGCCGAGCACUACGUGUACAUAGAGAACCAGUUUUUCAUCAGUUCUACAGAUGGGAAGACAACCCAGAACCUGAUCUCAGACGUCAUCGUACAACGAAUAAUCUGGGCUCACCGGGAGGGGAAGAAGUUCCGCGUCUUCAUUGUGAUUCCUCUGUUGCCCGGCUUCGAGGGAAAUAUAGAGCUGGGAGGUGGAAACUCCAUUCAGGCCAUACUGCACUUUACAUUCAGUUCUAUUUGCCGUGGAGAUAAUUCUAUAAUUUCUCGAUUGAAGGAAGAAAUGGGUGACGCCUGGCGCCAGUACCUAUCGGUGUGUGGUCUGAGGACACACGGGGAGAUGCCGGACGGAUCUCUGGUCACAGAACUCAUUUACAUACACAGCAAAAUGCUCAUUGUGGAUGACCGGAAAGUGAUCAUAGGCUCGGCCAAUAUCAAUGACAGGAGCAUGCUGGGAAAGCGGGACAGUGAACUGGCCAUCAUAGUGGAAGACACAGAGUAUGAGACGUCUUUGAUGGACGGGCGGACGUACCAAGCCGGGAAAUAUGCACACAGCCUGCGCAUGGAUUGUUUUAAUACUAUCCUCGGUGCACAGAAGCCGCCAUGUCUGGAUGUCUCUGAUCCGAUCUCUGAUAUCUUCUUUAAUGAAGUUUGGACUCAGACGGCACUCAAUAACACUGCACUUUAUGACCAGGUGUUCCGCUGCCUCCCGACCAACGCUGUGCAGAGUCAUCGCGUACGCCAGACUUACACCGCGGUCGCCAAUCUGGCCAGCACUAACCCCAGCCUCUCCCGGGAGCUCCUGACCAGGGUGAAGGGGCAUCUGGUUGAGUUCCCUCUCUACUUUCUUAGUGAGGAGAAUCUUCUGCCUCCGCUCAACAGCAAAGAAGGAGUAAUCCCAACCGAGGUCUGGACGUGACCCAACCGGAGAAGAUCUCCACUGUUUUUAUCAUCUCAGACAUUAUUGCAAAAGAUCUACAAGAUUCUCAGAUCUGUUGUUCAUUGUGGGAUAAAGAUCAUUUCUCAUAGGACUGUGUUCCCCUCUGUGUCAGGAAAGGAAACCCCAGUGUCUGUGCUACAACCCCAACCAGUCUCUGCCUUGUAUAUGGGGGAUCCCCGCACUGCAUGUGAACAGUAUCCAAAAGAGAUCACACCUCAGUGAUCAGAAGUUACCACUUUAUAUACGCACAGUACCCUAGAGAUCACUGCUCUGUGUAUGCACAGUGCCCUAGAGAUCACUCCUCUUUAUACACACAACCCUAGAGAUCAAUGCUCUGUAUACGCACAGUACCCUAGAGACCAAUGCUCUGUAUACGCACAGUACCCUAGAGACCAAUGCUCUGUAUACGCACAGUACCCUAGAGAUCAAUGCUCUGUAUACGCACAGUACCCUAGAGACCAAUGCUCGGUAUACGCACAGUACCCUAGAGAUCAAUGCUCUGUAUACACACAACCCUAGAGAUCAAUGCUCUGUAUACCCAAAACCCUAGAGAUCACUCCUCUGUAUACACACAACCCUAGAGAUCAAUGCUCUGUAUACGCACAGUACCCUAGAGAUCACUCCUCUGUCUACAUACAGUGCCCUAGAGAUCAAUGCUCUGUAUACGCACAGUACCCUAGAGAUCAUUCCUCUUUCUACAUACAGUGCCCUAGAGAUCAAUGCUCUGUAUACGCACAGUACCCUAGAGAUCAUUCCUCUUUCUACAUACAGUGCCCACUGCUCUGUUUGCGCACAGUACCCCAGACAUCACUCCUUUGUAUACACACAGUACCCCAGAGAUCACUGCUCUGUGUACGCACAGUACUCUAGAGAUCACUCCUCUGUAUACACAGAGAACUCUACAGGUCACUACUCUGUAUACACACAGUACCCUAGAGAUCACUCCUCUGUAUACACAGUAAUCAGAAGAAAUUACAUCUCUGUAUAUUAAAUACCCCUAAGAGAUUGCUUCUCUGUAUACACAGUAACCAGAUAGGGAUACUUUGCAUACAAAGCAAAGACCUCAAGAGAUCACUCCUCUGUAUACACAGUAUGACCAAGUGAUCCACUCCUCUGUAUACAAAAUACGCAGACGAGAUUGCUCCUCCAUAACGCAGUAUACAGAGGAGAUGGCUCCUCUGUAACAUAGUACGCAGAAGAGAUGGUUUCUCUGUUUGCACAGUAAGCAUAAAAAAAUUGCUCCUCUCUAUGCUUGGGGACCAGAAGAGAUCACUCCACUGCAUACACGAAGACCAGAAGAGAUCACUCCACUGCAUACACGGAGACCAGAAGAGAUCACUCCUCUGCAUACACGGAGACCAGAAGAGAUCACUCCACUGCAUACACGGACACCAGAAGAGAUAAUUCCUCUGCUUGCACAGGGACCAGAAGAGAUCACUCCACUGCAUACACGGAGACCAGAAGAGAUCACUCCUCUGCAUACACGGAAACCAGAAGAGAUCACUCCACUACAUACACGGAGACCAGAAGAGAUCAUUUUACUGCAUACACUGAGACCAGAAGAGAUCAUUCCUCUGCAUGCACCGGGACUAGAAGAGAUCACUCCUCUACAUACAGAGUAUUCUCAUAAGACCACCACUGUAUCCUGUACAGAUUACUGCAUAUAUAGAUAUAUAAUAUAGUACCCAGAAGAGAUCAUACUUACUACCAUAAGUAUCCCCACAAUACAGUAUUUUCUAUGUUUCCUCACCCCUUUCUCUUGACCUCUACCCUUUGGUAUAUAUGGUGGACACUACACAUCAGUCGUCAUCUGUCUGGGGAGCAGGGCGGAUGAUUGGGGGUCAUAUGUGUUAUAGGACUCCGGGCUCACAUCGGACGCCCAUCUUAUGUCCACCCGCUCCAUGUGGUAAUACCCAGAAGUGACACCUCGGCUUCUUCUAUGGGAACACAGUAUAAUGAAGGGUUCUGACUAUGCAUUCUCUAUAGUACUACGUCUUCCAUGUAGGGACCAGAGAGCUGUGCUAUUAUAGGGUUAACACUAUUUAUCGCUGUAAUAACUGGAGACUGCACUACCAAUAAACUCAUUUUAUUUUGUCUUCUA